AACUAGUAAUAGGGACAUCGUCUGUGGAGGAAACAACAAAUUGCCUUCUCACUAUAACGGAUAUUAAAAGGACAAGCAUGUAUAGCGUUCUUUUCGAUUAAAAAAAAACAUAAGACUGUAUGCAAAGGAAAGAAUAAAAUCUGAUGACACUGCCACCACUGCAAGAUUGCCGAAAAGAAGAAAGCAAGAACUAAAAGCUUGACAUAAUUAAUUACCCUUUCACUACAAGAAUUGAAGGGCAGCACUACUGUGACAGAUUCACAACCACAAGUAAGGAAUUUCAAAUGCAGAGAUGACCAUAAAAGAGGUUAAUUCUCUUCGCCAGAACCUCAAACUGAAGCGGUGAGCCUUAAUUGAAAUGGCAGAACCGAGAACAGUGACGGCGUGGAACGCCACGGGCUUGCACGUCCACCACAAGGUGUUAACCCACUCGAGCUUCUACUGGGGCCACACAACCCAGGUUCUCUUCUCCGGCUGGCCUGGUUCGAACAAGGCAAUGUACGCAGUGGCAUUGAUAUUUGUCUUCAGUCUCGCUGUCCUCGUCGAGGGUUUCUCUCACAGCGAUGUCGUCAAGCCCGGCGUGAACCGCGUGGCCAAGGUGUUGUUCGAGGGAGGGAUGUGUGGGGUCCGUGCCGGUCUGGCUUACCUUGUGAUUCUAGCCGUGGCGUCCUUCAACGGCGGCGUGUUUAUCGCCGCAGUUUUGGGGCACGCGGUGGGCCGCGUGCUUUUCGGUGGUCGGGUUUUUGGAAAGUCGGGUGGGUCAGGAUCAAACAAGGCCUGAUAUCUUUGCUACUAAGAGAUGCUUUGAUUGAGCCCAGCCCACAUCCUAAUGGCUCCCGCUUGUACAAUAAUGGGCUUUUUAAGGGCCAGAUUCUUGAAUAAGACUAAUUAUAAAUGCGCCUUUUCCUCACAAUAUUACAAGACAUUGUAUGAUAUUAGAGAAUCAUGACUCUUUGUAUCAAUAUUAUGUCUACUAAGUUCUUAUGUCUACUAAGUUCUACGUACAUGAUGCUUGUCCACGACGCACUAUUGCAAGAGUCUUGUGCACAAGAAUUGUCCGCAAGAUGUACCAAUAUAUAACAUACAAAAGAUAUACAAUUCACAUUAAAAAAACAUACCAAAGAAACAAAGUCAUCAAAGUGGCUAAGCAGGC